AUGUUCUGGAUGACCAGCUUCAUCCUCUCCUCCGCCAGCAUGCUGCUCUUGAACAAGCUGGCGGCCGCCGCAGUGCCGCGGUGCCGCUUCGCGCUUCUCUCAGUGCAGGGCUUGGCCUGCGUGCUGCUGAACUACCUGGGUGCCAAGGUUGGACUUUGGCAAGUGAAGGCCUUCGACAAGGAGAUGUUCCUGAUCUUCCUGCCGCCGUCGGUGCUUUUCUUUCUGAUGCUGCUGACCUCCUUAAUCGCCUUGCCGCAGGUCUCGGUCUCCGACAUCCUCGUUGCUCGGUCGCUGGGGCUUUGCUUGGUGGCGGCCGGGGAUUGCUUCUUCUUUCAGCAGGACAAGAACCUGCGGCAGAAGUCGGGAAUCGUGAUCAUCAUUUUGGGCGCUGCCACCUAUGCCGCAGCGGACUUCACUUUUUCGCUGGCCAGCCACGCAUGGCUUGUGGUGAACUCCUUGGCGAACGUCAGCACCCAGCUGCUGGAAAAGCGAGCCAUCUGCAAGUCGGUGUCUCAGACGGCCGAGGGACUCGCCAUCAUUCAGAACCUUUACGUCAUCGCCGCGGCCAUGCCGCUGGCUCUGACCACCGAGAGGCCCGCGGAGCUCGUGGAGGCAUCUGCCGGAGUGCAGGCGAUCGUCCUCUUGUCCGCGGGGAUUGGCUUUGUGAUCAACCUCAGCUACGUGAAGGUGAACUUGAGUUGCGAGGUGACCUCCAUUGCCGUGGCCAGCUCUUCAAGCCGUGUCAUGGCCUUGCUGGUAGGCUCCCUGAUCUUCAAGGAUUCCAUGACUCGCCUGCAGGCGCUGGGGGCAAUGGUGAGCAUCCUGGGUGCCGGCAUUUACGGAGGAUUGACGCUGGAGCUUGUUUCAAGGAUCUUUGCAGGGAAGCGCGUCUUGAAGGGCCUUCUUACACUGGGCGUCCUCGUCAUGCUCAGCAUGGCCUCGGGGCAGAUGCCUUGCCUCCAAAACGUGAGCCUUAUGCGAGACGGCACGCUCCCGUGGUGUUUGGACUCCUUGACCGAGGUAGUGGAGCUUCAGCGGCGUGGCCUCGGUCAGGGCAAAGCUUGGGUUGAGAAGACGCGGGCCUUGCGGUAG